CACAUUUCAAACCAAAAUGACGCCCAUGAAAACAACCCAAUUGACGGCAGCUCCUUUGCAGCCCACGUGUUUUGGAGCCAUGAAGAGUAGAGGGGGCUGGCAACCACCAUAGCAACCAUGAGAGGCCCAUUGAAAAGAAAAGACACCCCCCCCCUCCUCCUUGACCCGCCUCUCUCCUCCUCAUUUGCAUUAAAGCUACAGACACCGAAAUGGCGCGUUUGGGGAAAGCUCAAUGUGCGACCACGGCUGAAUUUCGGGUACUUCUUCAAAUACUGUGUUAGGGACCCACUAAUAUCUAUAUUAAAGCAUCCAUAAUGUAGCAUGCCAUGGGACCAUUAAAGGCAAUUGCAUCAUCGGAUGUACAGUAUACUCUCUACCAUGUCUAAUCCUUCAUGCCCCAUGAACCAUCAAGCUAUCGGAUAAUUCUAAUGUUUGCAUAUGCAAAUAUAUAUUUUCAGGGAACCACAGUUGCACAAAUAGUUGUUGGAUUAGUUGAAGGCUACUCUUGAGAAUAAAAAAGCAACCGCAAUUCACAGGGGAUCUGAGCCUGAAGGGAAAUGUAUUUUUAUUUAUUUUAAAGGAAGUACCAUGUCUCUGUCUUUGGUUCUGCUGCUUCUUCCAGGAAUCCUGUCCACGGAAGUGUGUGUGAACAUUUCAAAUGGAGUUGUGGAGAUGAAGUUACUGGACCUCGUCGUCACCGAUGAAAGGGAUGAUAAGCUCUUCAACUGCAUGUACAAGGAAGAGCCCUGCUACAUCAACUGCACCAACAUGUUAAAUGGAGAGAAACUGUUUUACAAUAACUCAAAUGCUUGUAGCCAAGUUAGUUCUAAUUGGAACAUCACCGCUAAUUUCGACAUAGGUCCAAAUGUGACUUGCAGAGUAACCGCUUGCACUAGGAAUCAGUCCGAACUUCUCCUGAUGAGCGUGAACCAGUCAAGAAAUGGGAUGGACCGUAUGGUGGAGAUACACCUAUUACGACUUAUGUGCUCUGACCUAUUUUCAGAAGAACAAUAUCUGCAGACGCUUUUCUUAAAAGUAGAGCUACAAUUAAUCCACCUCAUCAUGAAUAUGAUGAAGGAGCAGGGAAAGUACGUUCCGGGAGAGAUGCACCAAUUGGACCUGAAGUACAUGGUGUUCAACAUCUUCCCCAUUGGUGAUAAAAACCUCAACCGCAAUGAAACCAUCACCGGCAAUGAAAACCCCAACGACAAUCUCAUUGAGGUUUCUCAGCCGGAUAGUGAUCCUUCAGUGUGGUUACCUGAAGACGCUCUGGGAAAAAUCAAGGAAGAUAGGAGGGUUGUCAAUUUGGUGAACUACCAGUCGACACAACAGUUUGAACUCCAUAAAGAUGAGUUCGUUUCCAUCGUGACCAGGAUCGAGUUCCUAGGAAUGCAUUCGCUGUCAAACCUCAAAACCCCAAUAGAAAUUACCUUCGAUAUUCAAAGCAAUAUGGAUAAGGAGGUAGAAUGUCGUUAUAUGGAAGAAGAAGAAGGCUUCACUUGGAAAAAUGAUGGCUGCAAAACUUCUCGGAAUGCUACUGUGGUCACUUGCAAGUGCAACCAUACAACAGCCUUUUCUGUGCUCUUGGUGAAAACAUUACAACAUGAAGUUGCAAUAGAGAAAAAUACCCAUUUUCAUAUGUUUACCCUCUCUGAUUUGUGUAGAUUUUGAGGUGAACCAGACAUUAAAACGAAUCUUGUGAUUAUUCUUUUUUUGUUUUUUAUCUGACGGACCAACAGGUUCACCCUUCGUCAUCUAUUCCGGCAGAACAUUGGAAAAUUUUGUCCUACAUCAGUUACAUAGGCUGUGGCCUUUCUGCCUUUUUCUCCGCCCUAUCCCUCAUGAUCUAUGUCGUCACAAGGAAGCCGAGAGAGGAACCGUCUAUCUUCAUCCAUGUGUCCCUGAGUGGGGCUUUGUUCCUGCUCAACUCCUCCUUCCUGCUGACCGAGUGGGGGGCGAGGUGGAACCCGGGCUGGGUGUGUGAGCUCAUUGCGGCCCUCGUACACUACUCCCUGCUGGGCUCGUUCAGCUGGAUGGCGGUCGAGGGUCUGCACCUAUACCUGAUGCUGAUCAAGGUGUUCAACACCGAAUACAAGCACUACCAGCUGAAGCUCUCUCUGUUUGGCUGGGGAAUCCCUGCUGUCGUCGUUGGUGUAACGUGGAGUUUAAAGGAUGUAAAACAGAUUUAUGGCUCGUCAACAUUAACCAUGCUUGACAGCAACCAAACCACUAGCAUCUGCUGGAUCAGUGACAUUACCUACCUCUAUGCAACUAAUGUGGUGUACUUCAGCCUGGUGUUCAUCUUCAACUCUGGCAUCCUGCUGAUCGUGGCAGUUCGCAUCUGCUGCAUGGUGACCACUCCGGCCAGGAAGGGGUUGGGAUGGCGAACCGCCACCACUGUGGCGGGUAUCACCUGCCUUCUCGGGGUCACAUGGGGUCUCGCUUUCCUGGGCUCAGGAUACGUCAACCUCCCCAUCCUGUAUCUCUUCUGCAUUCUCAACUCAACACAAGGUGCCUUCAUCUUCUUCUGGAUUCUUGGCUUAGCCAGGAUUGAGAGAAAGAGAGCCUUGGAGGCCAAGAACGCUUCAGUCUCUAUAAAUGAUUCCAAAGUCACUAGUGUAAAGUGAACCUGAAAUAUAUACCUUUAUAUACGAUUUGUUAUUCAAACAAUAACCUUUUUGCAGAACCUGCAAUUUUUCUAUAUAUAGCUUUAAUUUCUUUAUCUUUGAACCAUUUAAACAAAUUAUUUUAUUUUUUGUAGUAUUUAUAGGUAUAAUCUCAUACCAUUCAACAUGAAUAAAGUAUAAUGUUAUCAUUAAACAUGAAUAAAGUAUAAUCUCAUCACUAAACAUGAAUAAAGUGUAAUCUCACCACCGAACAUGAAUAAAUAGUCAAUAGUAAUAG